CCUGGCCCGGGCAGAUUCCACCUAACCCCCGUCAGCCCUUGUGGGAAAGACAAUAACUCCUCAAAAAAGUCACCAUGACACAAGUGGUGCAGAACCACAGGCACAGCUGGUGCUUUCUACUUUUCGCACGCAGUGAAUAUUCAUCGGAUCUGCGCGCACAGGACGCACCGAGGAGUGCGGCGGUUAUUACCCUAGGGAGGAGGAGGGAGGCACUGGGAGACUUCGACCCGUGUGAGGUGCUUCUGCAGCGGCUGCGCUAAACCGAGACGACGGGGUGACACUGGAGGGACUUUAUGAAAUCAUGUCUGAGAGCCCCGAGGAGCAGCUGAGCACCGGGGUCCUGGGCCGUAUUGGGAGCUGGUUAUCUCCAUGGAAGGCAAAUGGUCAGAAGAGUCCAACUGAAGAUGACUCCCCGACCAGUGAUCAGGCUUGUUGGUCAGGGGAAGGUGAGGAGAGUGAGGAGUCUGUGAGACCCUGGGCGGGGGAACAACAGUGUCAGGAGGAGGAGGAGAAGAAGGACCACAGCUCUGGUCCCAAUCCGCUGGGACUCUCCAGAGACAGUUUCCUUUGUGAGAGGAGGGACGCCACGCAGUCUGCCCGCAGACACGACUCUGCUGUGAGUAGCACUGUGACAGGAGAGGGAGGUCCAAAGGAGGAGGAGUUUGUGGAGAGCGAGGGGAGGGAGGGGAGCAGCCACGGUGCUUCAGCAAGUGGGAAUCCUGAGAGGAAUGCCAGUCAUCUGACACAUCUCUUUUCCUCCUCUGAACAGGGCGCUGACCGGGCCCACACCCAGAGACAAGCACAGGCCCAGGCAGGCCGGAGGCUCCAUGUGUACCUGGAGGAGACCAGCGUGUUUCACCACGGCCAGGUCGCCACACAGGAAGUCGUCCGCACCAAAGUCACGAAAAGCCUACCGAUCCUCCAAAAGACAAAAUCAUCCCCAAGUUUUGAUUUAACAAACGGCCCAGCCUCAACAAGUGCAGACAGCAGAGGGACAAGAGUGAGGCCUGCAGCUGAGGCACAGAGCUAUUACAGCGAUCCAGUGGGAGUGCCACUGAAAUCACACAAAGACCCAGAGUUAGAGCCUGAACUUGAUCAAGAGCAAACAGAGGCAGACAGCAUGGGGCGUAAAAAUGCAGCCAAGAGGAGACAGAGGAAGAACUCUCAGGGAGAUGGGGUGAGCAGCCCCCAGGAGAAAAUGCCUCCCAGUGCCCAGCCUGUCCCAGAGGGUUCCCUCUCAUCAGAUAAAUCCGUGACCAGUCCUCAGGGCAAAAGUCCAAGCACUCACAUGGGAGAGCCGUCUGAAAGCUCCUCCCCCAGUCCAAACCUCACCUCUAAGGACUUGCCUAAGGGAGGGGAAAACAAGACUUCCUGCUCUGAUAGCGACAAGCAGUUGGACGACUUCCAGGAUUCAAACUCAGUCUUUGAAGACACUCUGGUGUGGGCGGUUGAUGGGGACGCAGACAUGGAGGACGACAGCAGCGAUUACAAAGUGGAGAGAAAGACGGAGACGCCGGAGUCUAAACGCAGGAGUAUGAAGGUCUCCCGGAGCGAGGUGAAGCUCUUUAGAAAAUAUGUGCCGCUGGAACCCGCUCAAAGUCCUGCGGGAGACGUCCAGGAUUAUAAAUCAAAGUUAAAGAACGACCGAGGCGAAGCAAAGGAAAAACCCAAACCGGAGACUAUUGCAAGACUACAAGAACCGCAGAAAACCGCAGAGGAGCCAAAACCAGUCGUCGGUCGGAUCACAGAUAAAAUCAGCCUCUUCGAGCGCCAGCAGGGGCAGGAGGGCUUCAAGAAGACCUUCCAAACCCCGAGAAGCGCCGACGUCUCCCCGGUCAGGAUUGCCACAGACAAGCUGAAAGCAAUUCCAGAGUUGUCAUUCCCGAGGUCAAGAUCGGCCGAACGCAACGCCACGGUCAAGCCCAACGCCCGGCCACUGGUUGGGGAGAAACCAAUGACAAUCAAGGAACGAGUGAGGAACUUAAAGGAGGCAUCUUCGUCAGAGGCUAAGCCCGCUGUGCCUCAGAAGCAAACCAUGACAGGAAUGUUUAAAAAAUCCACAUCCUCUGUGGCAGCCGCUGCCGUAGAGUUGCAGGAACAGGACAGUCAGGGUAAACUGGAUGUAAAAAUAGCAAAGUCAGAGAUAACAAUAAAACCUGAUGGACGAGAUACCGUGUCUGUAGGGGUAAAUAUUUCCAUUCCAAAGGAUCAACCGACAGACUCUAAGAAAACCGACGCAGUGACCUGUAAAGCAGGAGAUCAGGGUGUGAAACCUAAGAGCAUUGAAUCAGACAUAUCAGAUAAAGUAACGGCUGAUUCUUCAGAAACCACUGGGGACAUUAGUCAGCUGCCAAAAGGUCCGAGCAGAACGGGCUCACGCUCUAAAAGAAGGAAAAGCAGAGAUCCUAAAAGUCCCCUCAGCCCUAACAGCGAAAACAGAUCUACACCCGGAGAGCCUACAAGUUCCCUCAGCCCAAGCAGCGAAAAAAGAUCUACACCUAAAGAGCCUACAGCCACCACCAGCCCAAAGAGUGAUAACAGAUCUACACCCAGAGAAACUACAACUCCCAUCAGCCCAAACAGCGAAAACAAACCUACACCCAGAGAGCCUACAACCACAAUCAGCCCAAAAAGCGAUAUGAGAUCUAAACCUAGGGAAACUACAACUCCCCUCAGCCCUAACAGCGAAAACAGAUCUACACCCGGAGAGCCUACAAGUUCCCUCAGCCCAAGCAGCGAAAAAAGAUCUACACCUAAAGAGCCUACAGCCACCACCAGCCCAAAGAGUGAUAACAGAUCUACACCCAGAGAAACUACAACUCCCAUCAGCCCAAACAGCGAAAACAAACCUACACCCAGAGAGCCUACAACCACAAUCAGCCCAAAAAGCGAUAUGAGAUCUAAACCUAGGGAAACUACAACUCCCAUCAGCCCAAACAGCGAAAACAGAUCUACACCCAGAGAGCCUACAACCACAAUCAGCCCAAAGAGUGAUAACAGAUCUACACCUGGAGAAACAACAACUCCCAUCAGCCCAAACAGCGAAAACAAAUCUACACCCAGAGAGCCUACAAUCGCAAUCAGCCCAAAAAGCGAUAUGAGAUCUAAACCUAGGGAAACUACAACUCCCAUCAGCCCAAAGAGCGAAAACAGAUCUACACCCAGAGAGCCUACAACCACAAUCAGCCCAAAGAGUGAUAACAGAUCUACACCUGGAGAAACAACUACUCCCAUCAGCCCAAACAGUGAAAACAAAUCUACACCUAGAGAGCCUACAACUCCCAUCUGCCCAAAAAGUGAAAACAAACCCACACGUAAGACAGAGGUCAGAGAGCAGGUGGAUAAUAAAGUGGUGUCUGCCUCUAAAAAGCUCACAGCCAAAGUUUCAUCUUCAUCUGAUGAAGGAAACACAUCAGAAAAAACGUUGCUGUCUGAUGCCAAACAAAAAGCUUUUAAAGAGGAAGCGGAUGUUUCUGAGAAGCUGGAAAAACAGUUUGACUCCUCACUUACAAAGAAGAAUGUUGACAAACCAGCGAAUGCACAGAAGGGAUUCCCUGAUCCGUCUGUCAACAAAGACGAACCUGAUGCCCCCGCUCGUAACAGGGGAACAAGGAAGCCCAUUGACAAGGAUCCUGUUAUUUCACCCCGAAAGGAGGGAAAGGCCGGCGGUCUGGUGUUCACACAGGAGAGAGAAAAGGCCUCCAAGGGUAGCGGGGAUAAUUCAUCCCCCUCUCCCUCACCCUCUGCUGACCAGCCUCCCUCGACGGAACAGGCCCCACCUGUUGAAAACCUCAAAUCUGAUAAAGAAUGUUCUGUUCAACACGACUCGAGAAGCAAAGAAAAAGUGAGGCCUCCCGGUCAGCGAGACAAAGGGCAAAAACCGGACGUGAUAAAGCCGACUGGGAGUCAUGAUGCCGAGAGGCAAGAAAAGUCUGGGAGUGAAAAAGCAAAUCAGACUGAGAAGAAAGACAAAGAUAAAACACAGCAGAUCCAGCUUUCAGAUUCCAAGACAGCGGGUGCUCAAGGUGACUCUGGGAAGGAGGGAAUGGCUGCUAAGGGCGAUGGAACAAAAAUCGCUGAAAGAAAAGAGGAGCACAUUAAAGACAGGACGAAACAGGAAGCUGACAAACCAGAGCCGGCCUCUCAGUCCUCCCAAACGACCAGCGCAUCAUCAGAAGAUCACAAAGGUCUCAGGGCGGCAACAACACAACAAGAAAAAGGUGAUAUUUGUGCCGGCCUCCAGACUAAUGAGCCGGUGAGUCAGGCCAAGCGGGAUAAAGGUCCUUUGAAGGGAGCAAUAGAAACAAAAGUGCAGACAGAAAGCUCUGGAACAGAAGUAGGUCCUGUGGUCAUUUCAGCCGAACCACAGCCUAAUUCUGUAUCAGUGGAAAAAUCGAGGCAUUCAACGGAUGACUCACAUACAGACAGAGCUAAUGAUGUCGAGUUAUCCAGCUCCGAGCCUAGUUCCAAAGCUACAGCAGCGGCCGUGGAUGUGUCAGUAAAAGCCUCCAAUUACCCUCCAGCUCUGAUAAAUGUACAGAUGGGCAAUAUGGCAGAGGGAGAGCGUUCUCCUAUGCCUGUCUCCAAACCUAAGAGAAGCCCCAGAGCAGGACAGGAUGAGAGGAAAAACACUGUUAAAGCAGGGCCCUCAGAGGAGAAAAUCUCAGGAGAUGUGGCAAAACUAGUCCCGAGCUCUUCUCGCAUGAGCACAGAAGAAAAAGCACAGCGUCGUCCUGAUGGGUACGCUUUAAAACCCACAGUUCAUGAGACAGAGAGGACAGCUGAGGAAACAUCCAAACCGCUACCAAAGGAGCGUCCUCUAGUUCCUAAUGGUGACAUCUCGUCACAUUCACCAAUCCUCACAGUCAAAAAGGAAGCGGGCGAUAACAAACCGAGUCAAAAAGCACCCACUUCCCCAGAGGCAGAGAAGCUGACCCCAGGGUCACCCCAGCGUUUGCCAAUGAAGAAGCUCCAUUUGCCGCGGGGACUAAGCAGAGAUGAUGCCACAAGCCAACAAGACGCUCCCUCCAGCUGGCUGGAUGUGGACUUCCCCAAACGGAGACUUAAAGUCUCCGAGCCCAAACUGAGCGCUUCUGGGAGUGAAAGCAACCUCCUGGACAAUGAUGUGGACGACGACGAUUUCGUAGAGAAGAUCAAGAAACUCUGCGCCCCCUUCUCCUUCCCGCCGCGCAAACACACCCAACUUAGGCCACCUCAGCCCCUGUUUGCCAUGCCGGCGAUCAAAGAGGCCCGCUUCGAAAAGACGUUUGACCCCGAUGAGUUUAAGUUCGGCUUGAGGAAGAAGGAUAAUUUCAACCUAGAACUGCCAAGCAUGUUAGCCAAGCGCAAGAAAACCGAUGAGAAAUCUGUUGUGAAGCCUGCAAGGGCCAGUUUUGCCGAUAGAAGCCUGCUGCUCAGCAGCCUGGACAGCGACUCUCGGCUCAGGGAGAAAACCCCGGUGAAGGAUGAGGAUGAUGGCAAAGAGGAGAAAGACAAUAAGAUCAAGGUGAAGUCUCGCUUGGAAGGAAGCUGUGUCCUCAACAGCCUCACCUCCAGCAGCUUCAGAGGGAAGAGGAACGGAGCUCAAGCACAGGCAGACGCCAGCAGCUCUGGGGAAGUUUCUCCCACCAGUCCCCUACAGCUGAGCCCUCCACCCCUGCCAAGCCCAACGGCCCAAGCCCUAGUCAAAGACACACUGGCCAAGCAGAGCUCUGCCCUGAGCGGCAGAGAGGAAGACCAGGCCACGGAGGCUGUGGUCAAUGACUCAGGUCCUCCACUUCCUUCCUUUAACGACAUCAAGCUGCCAGACUAUUUGGAGAAGUUCCUCCAGCGGGAACCAGCAAAACCAGUGCAAAGCACACAAGGACAAGAGGAAGUCAAUAGAAAGGUUAUCGAGAAAAUGCCGACUGUGGUUCCUGGAGGUGAAGCAGACGUGGCUGUAAAACCAGGUCCGCUGCUUCCUGAAGCUGUUCAGCCACGUUUCCCUGGGAUUCCUCCGAACACACAUCCUGCUCUGACUGAGAGGCCUCUGGCUCCGCCGCAUGAGAAACCCGCUCAUCAUAUAAGAGUCGCCAAGGGAUUUCACAAGCGUCCUGGAAAGAUGGUGUUAUUUGAGAAACCGGAGUUCAGUGGCCAAGCGUAUGAGAUUCACAGGGACUUAGCAGAUGCCACGGCUCUGCAGCUCUCGCCCCUCAUAUCUGUGAAGGUUGUCAGAGGAUGCUGGUUGCUCUACGAGAAACCCGACUUCCAGGGCCGCACCAUUGCCUUGGAGGAGGGGGGAAUAGAGCUGACAAACAUGUGGGCCGAGCCGGCCUCGGAGACGGACCCACAAAACCUCCCGCCCAUGCUGAUCGGCUCUGUUCGACUUGCUGUCUGGGAUUACAGCAUACCCCAUAUUGAUCUGUUUACUGAACCAGAGGGCCACGGGAGAGUAACACCGUACCACGAUGACACAAUAGAGACGGGCUCGUUUGGCGUCCCGCUGAGCACGGCUUCCAUCCAAGUGCACUCUGGGGUGUGGCUGCUGUUCAGUGACCCGGGGUUCCAGGGUAUGCUGGCUGUUCUGGAGACAGGAGUGUACCCUUUUCCUGAGGCUUGGGGCUUCCCCUCACCCUUCGUGGGAUCUCUCAGACCUCUGAAAAUGGGCACUUUCAAAGUGGAGAAUCCCAAUGAAGUCAAGGCUGUGGUGUAUGAACAGCCCGGCUGUGAAGGCUCCUUCUUGGAGAUCGACAGCGAUGUUUUCAGCUUCUGCGAGGACGAUGGAGACGCGGACUCUGAAAUCCUCGACACCAACCGGCUGAAGGCUGUGGGCUCAUUAAAGAUCAUCGGAGGACUCUGGGUGGGCUACAGCCAGCCGGGGUUCGAGGGCCAGCAGCACAUCCUGGAGGAAGGAGAGUACCUGGACUGCAGCGAGUGGGGGGGCUCGGAGCAGCUGCUGUCGAUCAGACCAAUACUGGCUGAUUUCUUGUCGCCCCACCUGAAAAUGUUCAGCGACAGAGAUUUCGGAAAGCUGGGAGUGAACAUCGACCUCACGGUGCCCGUCAUCAACAUGGACGACACGGGCUACGGCCUGAAGACGCAGUCCAUCGAUGUCAUCGGUGGCGUCUGGGUGGCGUUUGAAGAACCAGGUUUUUGUGGCGAGUCCUACAUCCUGGAGAAAGGCCUGUAUGGGAGCCCGGAGGACUGGGGAGGGCUGCGGCCCCGGGUUGCCUCAGCGAUGCCGGUCAUUCUGGAUGAUUUCCAGAAUGCAGCCAAGUUUAAGGUGCAGCUUUACUCUGAUCCUGGUUUUCAAGGCUCCGUCGUGGCUCUGGAGGACGGCGCCGCCUCCCUGCAAGACGGCUUCUCUGUGGCCUCCUGCAAGGUUGUGGCUGGCAACUGGGUGGCGUUUGAGGGUGAGGCGUUCACAGGCCGGAUGUAUGUGUUAGAAAUCGGGAGCUACCCCGACCUGAGGUCGAUGGGCUGUGCUGACGGCCGCUCCUCCAUCCUCUCGCUGCAGACGGUCGGCUUUGAGUUCUCGCUGCCGUCCAUCACUCUGUUCGAGCGCUGCGGUCUGCGGGGGAAGAGGCUGGUGCUGACCGACGGCUGCGUGAACCUUCAGCUGGCUGGAGGCUGCAGCCGAGUUCAGUCUGUGCUCGUGGAGGGAGGCAUGUGGAUUCUUUACGAGGGAAUCAACUACCAGGGAGCUCAGAUUUUAUUGAAACCCGAUGAGAUUCACGACUGGCGGAAGCUCAGCAGCUGGAACAAGAUCGGGUCCCUCCGCCCUCUGUUACAGAAGCAGGUGCACUUCCGUGUUAGGAACCGACAGUCGGGGCUCAUGAUGUCGGUGACGGGGGAUUUAGACGAAAUUAAACUGCUGCGGAUUCAAGAGACGGAGGAGACUGGCGGAUUCGAGCAGAUCUGGAUCCAUCAGAACGGACAUCUCCACUGCAAGCUGCUGGAGGAGUGCAGCCUGGGUCCCAGCGGCAGCCUGACGAUGGCAGGAAGCCGCGUGGGUCUCACCCAAGAGGCGGGCGACCACGUCCACCUCUGGAGCAUCACCCCCGACGGCUUUAUCCGAUACACCCCCUCCUCAAAUCUGGUCCUGGAGGUCAAAGGUGGCCACAACUACGACAAGAACCAAGUCAUUCUGAACACCCUCGAUGCAAAUAAACCCCAACAAAGGUGGGAUGUAGAGAUUAUCUGAAAAACAUCCCGAAGCUGCUCGACAGGAUCUUAAUAUCACCGAGUGCUGGAGGUCGAGGUACGCUGGAGCAAGGCGGAGAUCACGGCGAGGAUGUACAUAUACCCACUGAGUAUACAAAUGGAGUCUGAACUCGUAAUACUUCAUAUAUCCAAAGAUUUAUAUUUUAUCUUUUCGAUGAAUAAAUUUGUUUGCCUUGAUGUUAACUAACUUAAAUCAGUGUUAACACGUCUUCCUGUAUUUGCAUUCGAUGUUCCUCAUUGUAUUCCAGCUGCUCGCACAGAAAGGAAACAAAACACGAUUUCCUCUGAAAUGUCUUUUAUCGUUUAAUCAACACCAUACACACACCUGUCUUUUGCUAACAAAAUAAAAGUAUUUUUGUCAAUAAAUACAUUGUACAGUAGAAUGAGCUGGUAAAUGGGGCACUACAGUGUGGAAGCUGAUAAAGUUCCAUUAUUUUUUUUUCCCCCUCACAGGCAGAGUAAUAACAUGAGAUGCAUGAUGGGAAUAUAAGUGCUCCUGGAGACUGUGCAAAUGUAAAAUAAUGUAAAUAGUUAUCUGCCUUAUUGUGCUGCUUCAUCUUGUACUGGACAUAAACGCAUCUAUUGACAAACA